GCAAUACCGGGCAUGUCCACUCUGUCCAUGGCCUGCUGCUGCGUCUUGGCAGAGGCUGUGGGGCCCCUGUGGCUCUUCCUGCUAAGCCUCGUGGGCGUGGGCAUCAUGCAAGGCCUUUCAACGUGGGGCUACCUGCAGGCCAAUGCUUUGCUGAUUUGCGUCCUCCUGCAGAUACCGCUGAGCAUCGCCUACUUGACACAUCGAAGGCUAGUGAAGCUGCACCCC